GUAGUUUGUAUAGCUACAGUAUUUUUCAUAGUUUCUGUAGUUGGUGUAAUUGCCGUAGUUAUUGUAAUUACUGUAGUAUGUGUAGUUACUGUAGUUUAUGUAGCUACUGAAGUAUGUGUAGUUACUGUUGUUUAUGUAGUUGCUGUAGUUUAUAUAGUUACUGUAGUUUGUGUUGUUACUUUAGUAUGCGUAGUUACUGUUGUUUAUGUAGUUACUUUAGUUUGUGUUGUUACUGUAGAUUAUGUAGUUAAUGUUAUUUGUGUAGUUACUGUAGUUUAUGCAGAUACUAUAGUAUGUGUUGUUACUAUAGUUUGUGUAGUUACUGUUGUUUAUGUAGUUACUGUAGUUUGUGUUGUUACUGUAGUUUAUGUAGUUAAUGUUAUUUGUGUAGUUACUGUAGUUUAUGCAGAUACUAUAGUAUGUGUUGUUACUAUAGUUUGUUUCGUUACUGUUGUUUAUGUAGUCACUGUAGUUUAUGUAGUUACUGUAGUUUAUGCAGUUACUAUAGUAUGUGUUGUUACUGUAGUUUAUGUGGUUACUGUAGUUUAUGCAGUUACUAUAGUAUGUGUUGUUACUGUAGUAUGUGUAGUUACUGUAGUUUACGCAGUUACUAUAGUAUGAGUUGUUACUGAAGUUUAUGUAGUUACUGUUGUUUAUGCAGUUACUAUAGUAUGAGUUGUUACUGAAGUUUGUGUAGUUACUGUUGUUUAUGCAGUUACUAUAGUAUUUGUUGUUACUGUAGUUUAUGUAGUUACUGUAGUUUAUGCAGUUACUAUAGUAUGUGUUGUUACUGUAGUUUAUGUAGUUACUGUUGUUUAUGUAGUUACUGUAGUUUAUGCAGUUACUAUAGUAUGUGUAGUUACUGUAGUUUAUGCAGUUACUAUAGUAUGUGUUGUUACUGUAGUAUGUGUAGUUACUAGUUUAUGCAGUUACUAUAGUAUGUGUUGUUACUCUAGUGUGUAGUUACUGUAGUUUAUGUAGUUACUCUACGAUGUGUUACUGUGGUUUGUGUUGUUACUGUAGUAUGUGUAGUUACUGUAGUUUGUGUUACUGUAAUUUGUGUAUUUACUGUAGUAGGUUUAGUUACUGUAGUUUGUAUAGUUACUGUAGUUUUUGCUGUUACUGUAGUUUGUGCUGUUACUGUAGUUUGUGUUGUUACUGUAGUUUGUGUUGUUACUGUAGUUUGUGUUGUUACUGUAGUAUGUGUUGUUACUCUAGUUUGUGUUGUUACUGUAGUUUGUGUUGUUACUGUAGUAUGUGUAGUUACUGUAGUUUGUGUAGUUACUGUAGUUUGUGUUGUUACUGUAGUUUGUGUAGUUACUGUGGUAUGUGUUGUUACUGUAGUAUUUGUAGUUACUGUAGUUUGUGUAGUUACUGUAGUAUGUGUAGUUACUGUAGUUUGUGUAGUUACUGUAGUUGGUGUUGUUACUGUAGUUUGUGUUAUUGUAGUUCAUGCAGUUACUAUGGUAUGUGUUGUUACUGUAGUAUGUGUAGUUACUGAAGUUUGUGUAGUUACUGUUGUUUAUGUAGUUACUGUAGUAUGUGUUGUUACUGUAGUAUGUGUAGUUACUGUAGUUUGUGUAGUUACUGUAGUUUAUGUAGUUACUGUAGUAUGUGUAGUUACUGUUGUUUAUGUAGUUACUGUUGUUUAUGUAGUUACUGUAGUUUGUGUAGUUACUGUAGUUUGUGUUGUUACUGUAGUUACUGUAGUUUGUGUUGUUACUGUAGUUUGUGUUUUUACUGUAGGUUGUGUUGUUACUGUAAUUUGUGUAGUUACUGAAGUAGGUUUUGUUACUGUAGUUUGUGUAGUUACUGUAGUUUGUGUUGUUACUGUAGUUUGUGUUGUUACUGUAGUUUGUGUUGUUACUGUAGUU